UAAAUAUAUAUGAACUAGCCUGGGCAGUUUGAGUAUUGGAUCAUCAUCAUCAUCGAUAGUGUGUGAUGUUGAGAAUAGUGGGGAUUUUAGCAUGUAUUAUGGUUGUAGCCAUGGACAUAGCAGCUGGCUUAUUCGCAAUCAAAGCCCAAGCUGCUCAGGAUCAGGUUAGGGAACUGAGAUUAUUGAUAUUUGAGUGUAAGGAGGCAAGUCCAAAAGUCUUGAAACUGGGGUUAGCUGCUGCAGGAUUUCUGGGUGUUUCCCAUGUUCUAGCCAAUCUCAUCGGUUGCACAGCCCUUUUUUGCUGCAGCUGCACUACUCACUCUACUGAUCACCAACACCACUCCAAGGCAUCCUCUUCCUCCUCAUAUACCCGCCAAUGUUCACUUGCAUUCCUCCUCUUCACAUGGGUGGUUUGGGGCAUAGGAAUGUUUGUGUUAGUGACAUCAAUAAGGGAUAACAACAACAGCAACAACAACAAGUCUUCUUUGAUGGCUUCAUCUUCAUGCGGCAUCUCUCAUCACCAUUUUCUCUCCUAUGGAGCCAUCUCUUGCUUUGCUCAUGCUAUUUCUUCUGUUGCUUUCUACGUUACUGCCACUGCCACCACUAAUUCAUAAUCGUUUAAUUUUCUUUUCAAUCUGGCUCCCCUGGUUGUAUUCUCAUGUCUCUGUUUUUCCUUUUCAGCUUUUGGACAAAUUUCCCUUAAUUCCGGAUGUUCAUCUCUUGACUUUAGUGCUCUUAAUUUGAGGCCUUCUCUUAUUUUUAUAUUAAUAUGUCCUUUUCCCUAUUUUUGUCACUUCAAAACU